AUGGCUCUUUUCGAUGCAGCGCUCGCGACACGGGUGCUGGACCGGUACAGCGACUGCGUUCGCAGCCAGUGCGACGCUCUCCCGCGCGACAACUCAUCGUACAUCGCCAUCACCGCACAGUACACCUCCUGCGUCACGUCAUGCGCAGCCGCCGAGACGGUCACGACGACCGCCGACAUCCGCGACGAGCUCGACGCCAUCGUCGCCCUCGGAUACGACGAACUCGCGAGCGUCCGCCGGUACCUCGCCGAUGCCGACGACGCGUGGCCUGCGUCGCACCCCGCCGUGUACGCCGAGAGCGCGCGGUGCCUCCCGCGUGAUUUCUUCGUGCCGUGGGACGCUCUCCUCGUACCGAUUCCAGUACGCGGCACGCAGCGCUGGACCACCGCGUCGGCGUAUCUCGAUGCAUGCGCGGGCCACAGCGAGGCCGAUGCGAUGUGCGACGCAGCGACCGUGCAGGCGGUGAGGUGGGCGUCGCGCGGUGUGCCAAUCGUCGCUCCGCACAUGGCUCAUGAGGCGCCGCCCGGCCAACCAAACACACGGCUCAACCCUCUCGCGCACGUCGGUCCACGUCAUGUCUGCGUCGCAGUUCGCAAUUCGCUUCGACCGCAUCGACCAUUUCAAGUGUACAAGCCUUUAAACGCAGAGAGCAAGUGCGCACCGGACGUCAAUAACGGCGUUCGCAUCGAGUACAGUCGCGAGCAGUUCCCGCCCAGUGUCUGGACGCUGGGCCGUAUGGAUUCCAACAGCACACACUGGCCGGCGCCGGCGCGCUACACUUACUGCAGCCCCGAGCAGUAUGCGUCGUACCUCGAGCGAGAGCUCUUUAGCGACUGCGCGGCAGCGACAUCGUCGCUUCGGUGCUUUGCCUCGCUCUGGAGCCGGCGCGCCGACUGCAUGACGGCCGUCCUCAACGUCCACCUGCUGCCGCGGGCGUCCAACGCCUUUGUGGCGACGAUCGGGCAGUCGGCCAGCGUCCUCACCGGCUUGUAUCGCUGCGAACGAGACAUCUCGCGCGCGUCGAUCGCCCGCGGCGUUCCCAACGCGCUCACAACGUCGUCGCUCUUGCUGCAGCGUCAGGUCGGUGGUCUCUCCAUCACGCUUGGCAUCUGUGCGAGCGUCGUUCUACUGGCGCUGCUCGUCACGGUGCAGCGGUAUCGUCGUCGCCGCCGCGUGGACGAGACCGAAUUCUACAUCGCGCUGCUCUAA